AUGUCUCAAAGACCCAGGCGAAGUGAGCGCAUACGCGGUUUGCAACUCAAAUUAAGCCCCAGGGUCCUCUUUUUGCUGGGCCCCGGAGUUCGGACAUCUUCCAGGAGUUUGAUGCCCCAGUGGGAGAUACUAUCGUGUGGCAUUAGGAGAAUUCCAGAACAUUGGUUACCGCUGAAUUCGCGAAAUGGCAACACGCUCUUUCGGGCCGUCCUGGUUCCACGAAUCCGGAAUCUGGGCAGGCGGAUCGAUUUUCCUCGACGGAUCCGGUACUUGAAGGUGGACUACCGACCUGCGAGGCGCAUCUUCAUCCGUGGAGACAUCAUCAUGGCGAUAGUCGUGGACCCUUCGCUGGACCUUCUGAUGCGCCAUAAUCCUCGCCGAGGGCUGAAGUUAAUCAUGAGCGUUGCAAGCUACUUCAUGUUCUAG